UUAACGUCAUUUGCCUCCAACUUUACGAGCCCUAAAGUCAGUUGUUCGUCCACUGCUAUUUACCUAAAUCUAAAGUCUUCAAAACACCUUUGUCUUUUGUGUUUUAAAUUGUAAUAGUCGUGGUAGUUUAAGUAGUUAUAUCAGAUUCGACAGACAAUAACUAUCGACUUGUUUUUCAAAAUCAUUGCAUACUGACUCAUCCGGUUUAUUGCCAUUACCAUGGACAGUUGUAAUUUUUCUUGUGGUUAGUUGAUUGUUUUAUUACCGUGGUAUCAUUCAGUGAUGUAUAGCUUGUUUUACUUCUGUAUUGAAAGCAUUAUAAGACGGUGUGUGAUCAGUACAUUUCCAGUUGAAAACGGAAUUUCACUUUAUCUAACUAAUCGUCACUACGUGUGAUAUUUUGAUGUCUGCAAAGAAAGAAAACUGAUGCUCAGUCAGCUACUCCCAAGAGACCUAAGAAGCCAGAGGGUCUCCGCUUGAAAGAAAAGAUUAGACGACGAAAAUUGAUUACAGUGGCUCGCAAAAAGGUGGUACGCCGACAAACUUAUAUGCGGUUAAAAUGUCUCAUGAAGCAACGAGCGGAAAAAUACAUGCACGAGUACCGCAGAAUGGCAAAGCGGGAAAUCACGUUGCAGCGUAAUGCUAAAAAAACGGGAGACUUUUAUGUCCCAGCUGAACCAAAACUCGCAUUUGUCGUGCGAAUCCGGGGUAUUAACGGUGUCCACCCACGCCCAAGAAAGACCAUGCAGCUGUUUCGCCUUCGGCAAAUCAACAACGGGAUGUUUGUGCGACUAAAUAAGGCAACUCUUAACAUGCUUCGAAUAAUUGAUCCAUAUGUCGCUUGGGGUUACCCUAGUCUUAAAAUUAUUCGUCAACUUAUUUAUAAACGCGGAUUUUGUAAGUACCAUGGUACACGGCUCCCUUUAACAAAUGAGCUAAUUGAACACAAACUUGGACAUCUUGGUUUAAUAUGCGUUGAGGACCUUGUACAUGAAAUAUAUACAGUUGGACCAAACUUCAAACAUGCUGUUGCUUUUCUAUGGACAUUCAAGUUGAACAAUCCUAGUGGUGGUUUUCGCAAGAAAGGAAAGCACUUUGUCGAAGGUGGUGAUUUUGGCAACCGAGAAACCUACAUAAAUCGGUUACUUAAAGCUAUGAUUUAAAUAAAUAAGUUACGCUUGGUAAUUUUCAUGAUCUUUUUUUCUUUCAUCAAUACCGCUUAGGCUCCUUUUACACUUGAAAACCAUUCAUAUUGCUAGCAACAUUUUCUAGAACCUCAGUUAUCAUAGAAAGUCCAGCACAAAUAUGAGUCAGCACGAGUCACUAUAUCGCAUCACAACGUCAAGAUGAAAUCAGCAAGGUAUAAGAAGAACCGAGAUAACAGUAUUGAAGAUGAUGCAACGUAACACCUACGAUCAAAGCGUGCAACUUUAAAUUACUAUUAUGAAAUGCCACAAUCGUACAGUAAUACGGAGGUCUAUUUUGCAGUUCAUUCUCUGUUCGGUUAAUAGAUAUCUUAAUCCAUAGGUAGAUUUUUCAAAUUAGUGCAUAGAAUCUCUCAGAUACCGUCCCAACAGGGCUUCUGAGGUCGUCGGUGCGAUCGACUAUGUCAUUACCUGUCAUUAGUCUGCCGGUUGGCGCGUAUCAACAUUAAGGUACAAGUUUACGUUCAGAAGGCAGAGAACAUCCUCAACAUUUUAUUUACUCCGAAGAAGUGGCUUAUACUAGGUCCCGAAACGUCAGAGAUAUAAUUUUUCUACUCGGGAUAUAAAAAUAUAUUUAUUACCUUAACAUUGUUACUCGGGUUGCCAAUAAUGAUUGGGUUUUCUUCCACUGGGCCUAAUUUAGGCGUCAAAUGUGUCAAUCACUCAAGUUAUGUGGAAAUCGAAGGUACUCGGAUUUCUGUCGAGCUGUUCCUUGAAGUGUUCUGCCCAUCGCUCCAAACCCCUGUCAUCGUCUUUUUGCAAAUACUUGUUUAUCCGAAAAGUAUAAACAGUAGUCGCUAGUUUUUCUAUCUGCUUUAUUCCCAUUACUCCUUAAGGUGGCUUCACAUACUUUUUGUCAAUUCCUUGGUUACUUUUUCGUGUUCAGGGCUUCACAGGAUGAGUUUCUACCCAUCUACCGUUGCUGCUGACAUGUAUCGGUCUUUCUUGCACUUCAGGGUCAAGUUACUAGUUGGUGUUAUGUCUCUCUUGAUAUCGUCACAUGUUGUGUUGCUAUGACUUGUUUUAAUGGUCGACUAAAUGCUUGUUUCUGAAGUAUACUCUUGGAUUCUUCAUCGAGGAACCAUAAGGGGACAUAAUGCUGUGGUUAUUUUGAUUACAAUAUGACAGGCAAAUAUGUGUCCGUACUCAUGAAUAGAGACCAAAAAUGUGUAUCAGAAAAAACGACAACCUGUCCAAUCUCUUCAAUGGUGUUUAGUAGUGAUAUCGUCUAUUUGUGUGCAUCAUUGACUGUGCAGGUCGUGUCAGACGUUGCUUCGCCUUGUGCUUAUAAUUGAUACUUGCUGGAAAAGACGUUUGUCUAAUCAUGGCCGGAGCGGACAGUUGUCACAUAUAAUCAAUUGUCUUUCGUUUUGAUAUAGCCUGCCUACUCAGACAUUAACAUCACUUGCUACAAACACUUCCCGACGGAGGUCAGAAACUUCCCCGUAAACUCAUCUUUCUCGACAUGAAAAAUAAGUCUCACUGGUUUUCUAUAUUGACUAGAUGAGGUCGAAUGAAUGGCCCCACUUAAACCCUGUGUUUUAGAGAUGCAGCAUUUGUCAAUGGUACAAGGUUCACGAGUUCUAGUUAAUAAAGCUUGUUAUCCGAUUUCACAUAAGGUUAGGACGUUGGGGGAUUUAAUAUAUAUAGUUUGAAUUGCAGUCUUAGCUGAGCAGGAAUGAUAUUUCGUAAACCCAAAUGAAGCGUGAGAAAAAAGUUUAGGAUCGGAGCCAGCAGUAAAAAUAAAACUUGGGAAGCGAAGGAAUUUAAUUGUGGGUAAGUUUAUAUGGGUCGUCAUUUAUCGAAUGUCGUUUAUCCUCUUGGCUUUUGUAUGUAUUUCAAACUUAAUUCUAAAUAGUUAGGAACUAUCCAGCCUACAUUUUUAAGUUGGCUGAUAUACUUGUUGAUGGCCAGCGAAGAAUUUCUAGUUUCGCAUUUGUAAAGAAUGUUUACUUACAUUGUAGAAUCAAAGGUUUAUCAACUGUUUUAGCAAGCACUCGCAACUUGGAAGAUAAGGUAGUACAAAAAAUACUGAAGGGAAUUGAGUUCUCUGAAACACUCAAUCAAUGAGACUGAACGCGCAACCCUUACAAUGCGGAUUAACAAUAUGAACUUCUGACGAUGGUGGUGGGAAGAUGUCUUGAUAUCCAGUGGCAAUACGGUUUCGACUUCCUAAUAUGGUCCUAUACAUUAUCUAGUAACCGUUGACUGUGUAUAUGCAUACGCCUUGCUACCUAUUUUAGUUGAUAAAGUUUAUCUACUUACAAACUUAGCCAGUCAUCUAUUUUAGUUAGAAACGUUAAUAGGUCACAAUCCUCUGAAGUUUAGGUAUUCUUCCAACGACCAGAUAAUAGUCUGCUAGAUAACGCUAGUCUAGUGGGCAAAAAAAAUCGAAGAGAAAGUAAUGCUUUAACAAAAUCAAACAGCAAGGAUAUGUGCAACUUGAUGACAAUUUAUAUUUUCAUCGACUGAACAUAGAGGAAACUCCAUGUAUCUUCUAAACAAACCUGUAACUUCGUAGUUUUAAUGUUUCUAGGUCUUUUAUUCGUAGUCUGAAAUUUAAGCAUUAUCACUUCAAAACCUUCCAAAUCAUGUUUGAAAUCUGAUAUUAAGUUUGAUAUGACUGGGUAAUUGUUUUUGGGUCUGCGACUAGUUCCGAGUUCAUUUACUUGUUUCUAUGUGACAGUUAAAUCCUUAUCGACAGGUCAUUGACAUGACCUAGUUGUUGAUUGAUCUUAUCUGCCAUCACCACUCACAAUAAUUCAAAUAUGUGAAUUUUUGGACUAUGAUUGAGAAAUGUGAGUGCAGACAGAA